UUUAAAGUCAUUUCAGAAUCCGAGAUGCCGGAAGUUCAACAAGUGUCGAUAUUGGUAUCGACACAAAGUUCAUCCUCUUCGGACUUCUUAACCGGACGGUUUUCUAAUUAUGGUAGAAUGCUCCGGGUGGUUGCUCGGAUACGACGCUGGUUAAAGUACAGACGCCAUGAACCUGUCUGUUCGGUUUCCCUAUCAAUUUUGGAAUUGAGAGACGCGCUCACUGCUAUCACUCGUUAUGUACAACGAAAAACCAUGUCAGAUCUUAUUGUCGAGUUACAAAACAGGCGACCUGUUUCAUCAAAGGCGUUUUCACGUUUGAUGCCGUUUAUAGAUGAUAACGGGAUAGUACGCGUAGGAGGGCGUCUACAAAAUGCCGACCUUCAUGAACAUCAAAAACACCCUAUUCUGCUCACCCGGGAUUGUCAUUUGGCUAUGCUUUUGUGUCAGCAUUGGCAUCGCGUCACUUGUCAUUCUGGACCCCGACUUAUUGUCAGCCUUAUUGUGCGCCAUUUCUGGAUCAUAUCUGUUCGUGUACUCGUGCGUCGAGUGGCGACCAUGUGUAGUACAUGUGUACGUUUAGCUGCCGUUAAUCCUCAGCCACUGAUGGCUGACCUGCCUACUUCUCGUGUUCAGCAGUGUCGUGUGUUCCAACGUGUAGGAAUUGAUUAUGCCGGCCCUUUCUCCUUCAAAGAAACGUCUCUCCGAAAGUCCAGAGUUUAUAAGGGAUAUGUGGCAAUAUUUGUCUGCUUUGCUGUUAAAGCCACUCAUUUAGAAGUAGUGUCCAGUUUGUCUACGGAGGCAUUUCUGGCUACCUUAGAUCGAUUUGUAGCAAGACGGGGUAUUCCCACAGACAUUCAUUCAGAUUGUGGUACAAAUUUUAUCGGAGCAGCUAAUGUUUUACGGUCACUCAUCCAGACUGAGGAUGCACGGGAGCGAAUUGAAGCGUCAAUACCCGCUCAUUGGCAUUUCAACCCCCCAUCUGCGCCCCACUUCGGUGGACUUUGGGAGGCGGCAGUCCGUGCCAUGAAGGCACGACUAACGCGGGUACUAUGUAACCAUGUACCCACGUAUGAAGAAUUUACUACUCUAAUUACCCGGGUUGAGGCUGUACUGAAUUCUCGACCAUUAACCCCUAUGUCUGCAGACCCUCAAGAUUUAGACUACCUAACACCCGGACAUUUUUUAAUUGGCCAACCUCUCCUAGCCAUUCCAUACCCUCCCACACCAGAGAUCUCAAAAAAUCAACUCCAACGAUGGAAAUUAUUUGAGAAUUGCCAACAGAGUUUUUGGAAGCUGUGGUCUCAGGACUAUCUACAUACAUUACAACAACGGUCGAAGUGGACCAAAGAACAACCCAACAUCGCGGUAGGAGAUAUGGUUGUGAUAAAAGAGAACAAUACAAGUCCGUUAGUAUGGAGGUUAGGUAGGGUGACGGGUGUUAUUCUUGGCAAGGAUAAAAUUGCGCGCGUAGCCCAGUUGCACACUAUUAACGGACAGAUUACUAGGCCAAUCGUGAAGCUGGUAUUAUUACCAACGUCAUGACUCCUUGAGCACAUAUUCAUUAUUUCCCUAGUCUAAAUAUUAAGUUCCUAUGUUUCCUUACCAUAUAUAUAUAUAUAUAUUUUUUAAUUAUACAAUAGUAUCUUUAUUUAUUAAUAAUUGAUUAUGUUGUAACUUAUAAUUAUUUUUUUAAUUAUUUUUUCCUUAUUCAACUGUUAUUGUAGUUAAAUAAUAAGUUCUUUUUAUAUGUCAUAUCAUUAUUGUAUUUUAGUUGUGUGUUCUGUAAUUGUAGAUGUCAUUGUUGAUAAUUAAUGUUACCUUAAUUUAAUAAUCGUUUUGUUUUUUUUUUUUGAACCAUUUAAUUUAUGAAUGUCAUAACUGACCGUGAAGCCACAUUGGACGGAGAUCUACAACUCACUACACCAUUGAAAAAGUUAUCAUAAUGAUCACACCAUUAAGCCCUACCUUUUAACGUUCAUAUAGCAAUUAUAAGGGCUAGCCCUUCCAAGGGGGGAGUAUGUUGCGGCAAGUUAUGUGAUUAUGUUCAAUUUGCGGCCCGAAUGGAACCGGUUACAUAUAUUAAGUGGGGAUGCCGUUCGCUGUCCGGUAAGUCGUCGCCUUAUCUAGUUAGUCAACCAUUGCAUGGUCUAGUGAUUAGACCCAUCGGCGCCGCCACGAGUUUUUCCGCGACUUGCGGUAUUGUAAUGUAAAGGUGAAUUCCGUGGAUUUACCGGGCGCGUGAUCAUUAUAGUUUAUUCGUGUUUUGUCUCAUUCAAGCGAUUGAAGUUGGUUAAAUAUAACAGUAUAAUCCAAUCCUUGAUAUCAGCCCAGACAAAUUCCUUUCGAGUUUCUUAUUUAAUAAUUUAUUGGGGUUUCCUUGAAUUCAUAUCCUAAGUCAAUCAGGCCAACCGAGAUUUAGGAGCCUGUGGACG